GCUCAAAAACAGAGUUCUGUUACGCAUUUACUAUCCCUACACAUUGGAGUAAUAACACUAGAGAAGAGUUGAUCCGGCCUCUUUUCGUAAAAUCUGGUCUUAUUCACGAAGAAGACGAUGUAGGUCGAUUGCUUGUCUUCACGGAGCUAGAAUUAGCAUUCCGAUAUAUGCAAUCAGAAGAUCAAUACAGGCCCAGUUUGAUAAUGAAUCAAGGCCAUCAGUACGUCAUAAUGUCUUUAGACUUUCAGCAAGAAUUACAUGUCAGUCUAAGGUUUUAUGAUCCCGUACUGGUGCUGAAACUUAUUGACCCGAUGCUUGAAUAUAUGAAAGGGCAAUCUGGAUAUAUAGCUUACAAGUAUAGCGAGCCGUUCGAAGCCGUAUUAUCAUUUCGACCGUUUAAAAAGUUUAAAUAUACCUGUGAUCCACAAUUUAUUAAUAAGAAAGUCGAUCACUACUAUAUUAAAACAUUAACCCUGGAAGAUGUUUUGGACGACUGGUUUCAUACCGUCAAGAAGAACUUUAUGGAUGGAAUAAACACUUUGCUCCAGGGCACAGACAAUAUCAAAACUAAAUCAUUAAUAAUUUCUUACACGGAUUGUAUCGAAAAUAAUAAUGGCUCAGUAGCAGUACUCAAAUUAGUCGAGAAAUGGGCAAAGAUGUACAGCGAAGAACAAUCUGGUUACUACCAUUUAAUCGCGAAUAAUGAACCCUUCAGUUACAAAUUUUGCGUACAGGAAAAAUUGGAAAUGCUUGCUGAGCUUGUGAGAAAACAAAUGCAAGAAUUUAACAUGAGUAGAGACCCAGUCAUAUUAAAUAAAAACUCGACAACUGAAUGUGGAAGCCCUCCAAAAUCUGUGAUUUUUUUUAAUAUAGACUUGCUACCUACAGAAAACAAAAUUACUCUGACAUAUGUAAAUGAGAAGAAUCGAGUCAAACAAAUAGAAAGUAUUGACUGCAAUAUACAACCUUUGUAUAUAUUUUUCAAACAAUCCGAAUUGUAUCAAAGAUUGCAGCUUCAUAUAAAUAAUAAAAUUAAGACAUAUUUAGAAACACUGUUUGCCGACUAUCUUACAAUGUACUCCAAGUCAAACCAAAAAACAAAAUCGGCGAGUCUACUCCAACCUGCAUCAGAAUUUUUCAAACGAAUUUUCGGAAAAGUUGAAACAAAAAGUACUUUUGGCGAUUACCUUAGAAUACACACUAGCAGAAAUUGGUCUAAGGAAAUUAGACAUUUAUUUGCCUCCUCAAGGCCACACCCACUUGAAGGACUUAUGAAAAAUGUUAAAAUGGAUGGUCUUUUUGCGUUGAAUGACAAUUCUGACAAUGGUGAAGAGGAUUUACUGGUUACUUCAGAUCCUGGAUACAUCUUCUUUUUUAUGGUAGCAUACCUGCACAAUUUAAAAUUGCUCAUGGAAAAAGAACUAAAGGAGAAAUUCGGGAAUGAUUUGCGAGGCAAAAACAUAUGGUACGGUGUAUCUGUUGACAAAGAUAUAUUGGAAACGGUAUUUGUGUCGAAAAAAAAGCUGGAAAAAUUAUUUUAUGCAAGUGGGAUACUCCUAAAAGACAAAAAUCUUAGGAGGGCAAAAUUCUGCGUUCGUGGUGAAGAAAUUCUACCAGCUAUUCAACAAACCUUGGACUUAAACAUGAAGAUGAAAUCAUACUUUGUUGUUGCACAAAUAUUUCCACAGCAUGUUCAGCUUACUUUGCAUCAAACAGUUAAACUAGCAUCGCCUGGAGAAGAUGCGGCUAGUAUUAUUAUUGAAGAUAAAAUAGUGUACUUUGAUGAUGUGUAUGAUGCAUUAUGUAAGACCGUUUGGAAGAACAUGAAGUCCAACUGUCAGAUUGAUUAUUGCAUCGCACACAAAGACAACCAAAAUACAGGUUAUGAUUUCGGCUCAUUCCAAGCAUAUCGAGACAUCCACCAAACUUUGAAGCAAAGGAUUGUUGAACUUCUAAAAAACGAUAGUCAUAAUGUAGACAUGAAUGUAUGUACAAAGUUGAACAUCGGCGACACAUGUUCUUGUCUUGUGGUUAUUUCUCUUCGUUUUAUAAUCGAGAUAGGUCUACAACCAGUUAUAGAAAGUAUUGCAAGAACGAUAGCAUCCACAUUGGCUAAUUACGAUCUGUUUGGAAAUUAUAAGACGGAUCAUCUUUUUGUAUCGGGAGAUCCUUUUCAACUAUCUUGCGGCUCACGUUUCUAUACUGUAUACACCACGAUAUUUCAAAAAGCGAUGAAUGAUAGCAUACAGUCAAAAGGAAAAGAUACCCAGGCAUUUGUGAUGAAGAAUCCACUUGAUCAGUUGCGGGAUUUGUCUAAAAGCAUCAAGCCGCAUAUGUUUGACAGGUUCAUCAAUGGAACUUUGUGUCAGGUACCAAGCAACACUUAUGGAGUGCGGUUUUAUUUGAAGCCAGGGUGGUGCUUUCCUUUUAUUCAUGUAAAUGCCACUCUCAACCAUAGGAACAAUGAUCAAACUUAAGGAAGAGAAGCAAAACUUUAUAUUUGCUGAAAUUAUUAGAACCAGACAGUCAAGUACUACCAAACUGAAAAAAUAUGAUCUGUUGGACUGGUCUGCAAAAGGAACAUGGGAUAGUAUCUAUUCCGG